AUGCAUUUCUUCCAAAGCGUCGCACGCGUCGCACAGCUCCAUCAACAGGCGGGAUUCGAGGUCGCGCAGCGUGCCAAGUCAGCAGACGCGCAGCUAGCCACGUCAGCGGAUCCGAUCUCCGAGCAAGCUGGCGGCGAAUCAGCAGUUGAAGAGGUCGGCGCGACGACCGUGUUUCACGGCGACAAUGACGGCGCGAUCCAUUGUAGUAGCCACAGCGACAGGCUCGGCGAGCAGCGCACCGACAAUGAACCUCCUUCCGCGUCGCCGGGGGUGGACGUUGGACGAGAGGCUGAAGGAGAGAAGGCCCAUCUGACGGUGCAGAUGGAGCGUCUGGCGAUGGACAUCGGGCAUCCGUCGCAGCGAUCGCUGGACGAGAGGCUAAAGGAAGGCGACGUGGAGGCUCUCGAGAUUCCGAUGGAGUCGCGGCGCGCGUUCGAGGAGGCGUGGCAGGGGGUGAUAGCGGCGGGCGGCGAGGAGAAACUGUCGCCGCCCAAGGAGAUCGUGUGGCUCAACGGCGCGCCUGGCGCGGGGAAGGGCGCCAACACGCCAUUCAUCCUCCGCACGCGCGGAUUCGAAGCGCGUGCCAUACAAGUGAGCGACCUGCUGGGCGGCAACGAGGACGUGGCGGCCAUCAUGAGGAGCGGAGGGCUCGUAUCAGACUCCAUGGUGCUGCAGAUCGUGCUGCAGGUGAGCCGUCAGGUGCCCCAGGUGAGCCGUCAGGUGCUUCAGGUGAAUCGUGAGCCGUCAGGUGCUUUAGGUGAGCCGCCAGGUGCUUCAGGUGAGCCGUCAGUUGGUGAUGGUAGGCUGCCGGGUACUUCAGGCAACACGCCAGCCAUGCUACAGGACGCGGAUCACGGGGAGGUGGUGGCGAAUCCCGAGGCGGGCGGCAAAGUGGCGGGCGCUGUGGUGGACGGCUUUCCACGCACCACCGUGCAGGUCGAUUUCAUCAAGAUGCUCUAUGACAGGCUAAUGGAGCUGCAUCACAAGUAUCUCAACACGCCCCUGGAAGCACAGUUCCCGCGACCCAUCUUCCGCAUUGCUGUCCUGUAUGUGGAGGAGGAGGAGAGUGUGCGGCGGCAGCUAGCACGAGGCAGGGCGGCCAUUCAGCACAACCAGCGGGUGGUGGACAGCGGGAUAGGGGAGUUGCAGGAAGUCAGAGCAACCGACCUGUGUGAGAAGUCGGCGCGCCGGCGCUACCACAUAUUCCGCCAGCACUACGACACUCUGCUGCGCCUCAAGGCCUUCUUCCCCUUCCACCUCAUUGACGGCAUGGGCACAUUGGCUGAGUGCAGAGAGCAGGUGCAUAUGGCCUUCUUCUGCUUCCACCUCAUAGACGGCAUGGGCACACUCGCUGAGUGCAGGGAACAGGUGAGCAGAUAA